AUGGCUGCACCACAGCAAAAUCCCCCACGACCAGAGCGAAAGCGACAGGAUCGUCCGCCCCAUGAAUCUCCAUCUUGGCGUCCCUGUAACGCGAGAAAAUGGACAGUCCUCCAGACCUCUACCAAAGGACGAACUGUGAAGAAAUCUGCAAGCUUAGGCACAAAAUACGAAAGGGGGAUUGUUUGCGAGUUCCAUCCUGACAGCUUUGCCGCGCUACGUCGUGAAUACUCUGUCCUAUCCAUUAUUUCUCAGAUUCCCUCCCCGAUUGGCCACCCUCGCAUCAUAAGCGCCGAUUUCCAAUCUGGCGUCCUUGUGCUAGGCUCGCCAAAGGUCUACUGGACACCACUUUGGCGGCGUGUCAACGAACCAGUCCUUGAUCUAGAUUCAUUGCUUCAGAUGAAGCGCGAAUUGCUCGACUAUGUUCGAUUGUUGUACAUCAAAGGUGUUGAAUAUAAAGUUAAGCCGAACAAUCUGUUUCCUAUCAGAAAAUCGGCUGGCGGGUGGUUACUAUAUUUGGGCGGGUGGGCAGAGACGGAUUUCUGUUCGACACAGGAUCGAAUCCAAUCACCUGAGUGGAAGGCACAAGAAAAAGAGCAAUUGGAUGAGGUAGAGCGGAUGUUUACUGAACUCUCUGCUCGUGUGAAUGAAAGGGAUAAAGCCAUAUGUAAGGAUGCGGUUAAACACAACGAUCAAGGAUAA